AUGGCAGGCAACUUUCGCCUCAAUCUCGUACCAAGAAUUCUAAAAUAUAAGAGUGCAGCAACGUCUAUAAUCUUGGCACAAGAUGUCGUUGAAUUGAAUCUAAAAAUAUCACGUUUUAUUUUGACAGCUGGAUCCUGCGUUUCCAAGAUCGUGGAUGGAAAAUUCCACCAAGUUGGAGAUUGCAAGAAAGACGAUGGAUCCGAAAUCGCUAGAUUGAUCAAAAAGAGUCUCGAGGAGAAGAAAAAAGCUGAAAUUAAAUGUGACUUCAAUUAUAAGACAAAAUGCUUCCGAAUAGUAGUGUAUGAUACACGGAAUGUCACCUUCAAUGAUGGCAAAUCAAUCUGCAAAUCAAUGAACAACGGAAAUCCCGCGAACAUUCACGACAUCGUGCAUUACAAAUCACUUCGCACUUAUCUUCGCUCGAUGAUGACUGCUGGUUGGUCAUAUAUUCAGAUCUGGACUGGGAUGGAGUAUAAGGCCAAUCAGCUUUUGCUGUCAAAUGGAGAGCCAAUCACUAUAGCAACAGAAGUGUGGUAUACUGGUUAUCCGAAUACCGAUGCAUCGUGGACAAGUGUUGGUGUUGAUGUCAAUAAAGAUCCAGAGUUUGCACCCCAGGGAAUGUUCAAUGAACAACCAUCCCGGCCACGCCACGGUGUCAUCUGUGAAAUGUAAAACCAGCUCAAAACCUGACAGAGCCUCGUUGACGGACUGAAUGAUAUAAAUGACAAAGAGUUCUCACUUUUUAUUACUUAUAUUAUUUCUUUACUAUUAUUAACCGUAUAACCGAUGCUUUGGAUUAGUCGCCUUGUCUAUUGGACCAUUUUGCUCAGAAAAUAAUA